AACUCGUGACCGGAAGUACUUCCUACGACAGCGAGGUCAAGAUGGCGCGCCGCAGCAUGUGAAGGGGACAUAAGAGUAGCCGGUCGUUCGUUUGAAGAACAUGUACAGAACAUCAUGUAGCAGACUGAAGGGAGUUUGGAAAUGCCUUCCACACGAUGGUUUGGUAGGUGUCAGCGGGCAGCCAAAGCUCAUCAUAGGUGCAUCCAGGAGUCACUUCAGUGCCCGAAAUCUCAUUCAGCUCUGCAGGAAGAAUCAAGCAGAAUGGAUGACAUUUCAGCAUCUCUGCUUUCUGAAGAGACAGUAUGUGACACGCAGCAGUGUUCUUUGUCAAAGAGCAAGACCCAAGCAGGAGCCUGUUACUGCUGUGCUGGAUGACCGAGAUGAAUCAGUGCUCAGGCAGGUACAUCAAAUUCAAGACGUAAAGCCAGAGUCCGAUACUGCGGUGCCGCCGUGUGACCCGCAGAAUGUCCAGGGUGAACCGGAGGCGGCCAAGGCGGCCCGCUUGGAGGCCAGACAGUGGAAAGAGCUGAGGGUGGAAUACAGUGAUUUACCAGGAAUUUAUGCACGACUUUCUAAAAUUAAACUGACAGCUCUUGUGGUUACUACGGCAGCUGCUGGCUUUGCCAUGGCUCCAGUUCCCUUCGACCCCAUCACUUUCAUUAUGGCCGUGGUUGGAACAGGUCUCUCGUCCUGUACAGCCAAUUCUAUUAAUCAGUACUUUGAGGUGCCGUUUGACUCAAACAUGAAUCGAACCAAAAACAGACCUCUGGUGAGAGGACAAAUAAGCCCCCUUCAUGCCGUGUCAUUCGCGCUGGCGUGUGGGAUCCCAGGUGUGACCCUGUUGACCCUGGGUGUGAAUCCUCUGACUGGCUUUUUGGGCGCUCUGAACAUCUUCCUGUACACGUGCUGCUACACUCCCCUGAAACGCCUCAGCAUCACUAACACCUGGGUGGGCGCGGUGGUGGGUGCCAUCCCACCUGUAAUGGGCUGGACGGCAGCCACUGGCUCUCUUGAUCCAGGAGCACUCUUGUUGGGAGCUUUCCUCUUCUCUUGGCAGUUUCCUCACUUUAACGCUCUGAGCUGGAACCUGAAAGAGGACUACUCGCGCGGCGGUUACCGAAUGAUGUCCGUCACCCAUCCUGGCCUUUGUAAGCGCGUGGCCCUCCGCCACAGCGUGGGCCUGAUUGGGCUGUCGGCCUUGGGUCCUGUGCUAGACGUCACCACCUGGACUUUCCCUUUAGUGUCCCUGCCGAUUAACCUUUACAUCAGCUACCUGGCCUUUCGGUUCUAUCGCCAUGGCGACAGGCAGAAUGCCCGCAAGCUCUUUUUCUGCAGUCUUUGGCAUUUGCCCACGUUGCUUCUGCUGGCGCUCACCUGCAAGAAGAGCCGUGUGACGCGGGACGAGGCAGAAACGGCGACCGGUACGACAUCUGUGGCUUUGUAGAGCUAACAAAGUCAAACCAUUGCCAUAGUUUUGGUCGACUUGCUGCCUCAAAAAUAAUAUCUUGGAGAAAAGACACCAAAUGUUAUGCGUAAAAAAGGGAGAGACAUAAUAGGGAACAUGCAUAACGGACAUAACCUCUCUAUUGUUAUCGAGGUUUCAGGGAAAAAAUAUGAUACACAGAAGUCAUGUACAGAUCUUUGGUUUCACUCAGGUUGCUUGUACACAAAUCAAUACUGUGUGUAAAUAUAUAAUAUAUUUAUUCGAUAUAGUCCCGUUGUUGUCUAUAAACAUACUGACAUUAGUCAAUAUUAUCAUAGACAAUUAAUGUACAAAAAAUACAAGUUUCAUGUAGAUUGUAUGUACAAAGGAAUUCAUUGAUAAUUGAAAAUAAUGAACCACAAUGCAUCACACAUUACAAAUUGGUCUAAUGUGGUCAUUGCUGUGGACAUUUUGGCUUGAUGCAUUAUAGGCCAGAUAAAUAACGGUUUGUUUUAAUGCAAAUAGGAACACAAGUACUACAUGUAAGAACGUUGUUUUGUUCUCCUGAUAUUAUUUGAUAAUUUAAGACAUUUCAGCUUUCUAAUUCGGUAAAUAAAUCCUGUGUGACUGCU